UUCCACCUCCAUAUUUCACCACUCUAAAUUUCACCUCCGUACCACACAACAACAAAAAAAAACCCAUAGAAUCCUAAUUAAUCAUAACUUCUACCACCAACUCAAAGUUUUCAUUUUUAAAAAGAAGAAUGAUGAGAAGCAAAUCCAUAGUCAUCAAUUCCAAUUCCAGAAACGAUACGUCCAGCAUCACGGGGAUGUCAGCUAUGAGACGUUCGGCCUCGAACACUAUGGCCUCAGCCGCAGUGGUGGGCACAAAUGAUCACAACAGAAAACCGCGACCACGGUCAGUAGAGUUCCCAGCAUCACCUCAACUGAUACAAGGUGAAGAGAUGGUCCACUUCGGACAUCCCCAACACGUGCUGGUCAAAGUUGAGUUGCCGGAUAUUUACACGUGUGCAGGGUGCAAAGAGGAAGGAGCCGGGGUUAGGUACGUGUGUCAAGAGUGCGAUUAUCAGCUCCAUGAGUUUUGUGCUUUGGCUCCUCCACUACUCAAAUCACACCCUUUUCAUUACCAGCAUCAACUUCUCUUCUUUGCCAAACCGGCGAAAGGAGGGAUAGUAAAAUCUAAAUGCGACGUGUGUGGAAGAUCACCAAGAGGUUACACAUUUAGAUGUAAAGCUUGCAGUUUCCAGAUGCAUCCUGGCUGCGCUAUGUUAUCCCCUUCCCUCUCCUCCUCCUCACUCCACCACCACCCUCUCCGCCUCGUCCUAUCUUCCUCAGCCUCCAACACCAACGGCGGUGACUACGGAGGAUUCCUUUGCGGAGAGUGCAAGAGAGGUAAGCGAACAGGGAGGGUUUACCAUUGCACCGUCUGCGAUUACCACUUGCACGCCGUUUGUGCUAAAGACGCAGCUGUGAACGGCCUCCGCGCCAAUGGACAUAAAGGGAGGGAUAAGUCUCCAGCGGUUUUGGGGACGGCCGCGAGGUUGGCGUCGCAGGUUGUGAUUGAUUUUCUCGGUGGAAUAAUGGAAGGUCUUGGUGAAGGUGUUGGUGAAGCUAUCUUGGACGGUGUGACUAGAGGUGGUGGUGGAGGUGGCCGAAAUGGCGGUGUUACUAGGACAAUUCCACGUGUCUGAGGAGAAUGCUUGAUUAACUACUUAUGAGUGUUUAUACUUUAUAUGUGGAGAUUGUUAUGCCAUGAUGAUGCCUUUGAUGAUAAGUACAUAGAUGCAUUGCUGGUGUUUAUUAAGUUUGGGGUGGGGGAUAUAUUAUUUUGAUUAAAUUUGGGGAUGUGACAAUAAAGGAAUAUAAUUAUGUGUAUUUGCUUAUGUGGUUUGUAUAUAGUAUCUAC